AUGUUUAAUAGUAUAGCAUCAUCAUUAAUACUACAUCGGUUACCAUUAAAUCGACAGCGCAUAAAACAAUUUCAUACAAUUAUUAAAUCCAAAACUCAUAAUUCACUAUGUAAUAGCAUAAUACCGAGAGCUCAACCACAACAUUUCCAAAAAAUCAUUAAUAGAAACACUACCAUUCAUCAAGUCAAAUUUAAUUCAUCAACUACACAACCGUCACAAAAUUCCAAUUCAGUCAAAACUCAUUUAGAAUUUGCAAAAUUGAAAAAAAGAGAAAUUAAACAAGAAGAAAAGAAGGAAAUUUCAAAAUUAGAUAAUAAAAAACUUAGAGAAAAUCUAAAGACUAUAUCAAGAAUCCUUAAAUUAGGUAAACCAGAUUGGAAAUUAUUUUUAUUAGCUAUUGGAUUUAUAUUAUGUGCAGUUUUAUAUCCUACAACAGCAGUUAAAUUGGUGGGUGCAUUAUUAGAUUCAUUUAGUAAUCACAAUAUAAAUUCAAAUGGAGAAUUAAUGGUUUGGGGUUAUCCAAGUUCAACAAUAUUUGCAAUUAUGGUUCCCUUCAUGUGUUUAUCAGCAGUUUGUUUUUGGGCUCGUAUUUGGGUAUUAAAAUUAUUAGGUGAAAGAUUAGUUGCAAGAUUAAGAUCAAAAGUAAUGAAGAAUCUAUUACGUCAUGAUUCUAAAUUUUAUGAUAAUGAUAAAAAUAAAGUUGGUGAUUUAAUAAGUAGAUUAUCAAGCGAUGCUUAUGUUGUUAGUAAAUCAAUAACUAGUAAUUUACCUGAUGGAUUAAAGAAUUUAUUGUUUGGUAUCAUAAGUUCUUAUAUGAUGUAUUCUAUAAAUCCAAUGUUAUUUGGUAUAAUGUUAUUAAUAUCUCCACCUAUAACCAUUGGUUCAGUAUGGUAUGGUGAAAAAAUUAGAAAAUUAUCAACAAAAUUACAAAAUGCAACUGCUGGUUUAACUAAAGUCAGUGAAGAAACAUUAAAUUCAGUGAAAUUAGUUAAUGCUUUCACUGGUGAACAAAAAGAAAUGGCCAAAUAUAGUGAUAAAUUAAGACAAGUGGUUAAAGUUGCAAAACAAGAAGCUUUAGCUCAAUCCAAUUAUUCCGUUAGUAUUUAUACAUUAUAUCAUGCUGGUUAUUUAUCUUGUGUUGCUAUUGGUAUAUGGUUAAUGAUGAAAGGUCAAAUGACUGCAGGUGAUGUCGUUGCUUUUACAAUGUAUCUGGAAUUUUUCAAUUCAGCACUUUAUAGUUUAACAACCACAUAUUUGGAAUUAAUGAAGGGUGCUGGUGCAGGUGUACGAUUAUUUGAUUUAAUAGAUUAUAAAAAUGAUGUUAAUCCAGUACUUGGUGAACAAACUAAAAAGAAACUUAAAAAUGAAAUUGAAUUUAGAGAUGUUACUUUUAGUUAUCCAACUAGACCAAAUGAUAAAAUUUUUAAUGGUUGUUCUUUCAAUAUUAAACAAUCUACAAGUACUUGUAUUGUUGCACCAUCUGGGGCUGGUAAAUCAACAGUUGCUUCAUUAUUGUUGAGAUCUUAUAACAUUCAACUGGGAGAAAUAUUAAUUGGUGGUAAAAAUAUUAAAGAUAUUCAAGUACGAGAUUUAAGAAGACAUAUUAUAGGUAUAGUUCAACAAGAACCAGUUUUACUUAGUGGAACAAUAUUGGAAAAUAUAGUUUAUGGAUUAACUCCAAAACAAAUUAAAAAUUUAACAAUGGAUGAUAUUAUUGAAGUUUGUAAACAAGCAAAUUGUUAUGAUUUUAUUGAAUCAUUUCCUGAUAAAUAUGAUACAAUUAUAGGUAGUAGAGGAGCAUCUUUAUCAGGAGGACAGAAACAAAGAAUUGCUAUAGCAAGAGCAUUAAUCAAAAAGCCAUCUAUAUUAAUCUUAGAUGAAGCAACAUCAGCAUUAGAUUCAUUUAGUGAAUCAUUAAUUAAUGAAACUUUAAAAGAUUUAACCACCCAAGGUAAAAUGACGAUAAUAUCAAUUGCUCAUAGAUUAUCAACAAUAUCCAAAUCAGAAUUCAUUGUAGUAUUAGGUAAAAAUGGGAAAGUUGUAGAAACUGGGAAAUUUAUUGAUUUAUUUAGUAACCCAAAUUCUGAAUUAUCAAAUUUAUUAAAUGAAUCUAUAACAAAACAAGAAGAUGAAAAUUUAAAUGAAGAUGAAAUUGAAAAAAUUGAUCAUGCAAAUCAUGAAGCUUAUGAAAUAGAAAAAGAUCAAAAUUUACAAUUAGAAAAUUUAAAACAAUUACAAAAUUUAAGAAAUUUAAUUGAUAAUUUACCUGAAAGUUUUAGAGAUCAAUUAAUUGAAGAAAUUACUUUAGAUACCAAGAAAAAAGUUGAAAAUAUUGAAUUAACCAUGUCUGAUGAUUUGAAAAAAUAG